GCUGAGAGACUCAAUAUCCCGGUUCUGUUAUUAUUGUGUUUAAAUCCCUUACACAGUUAUCAUUAUCAUCACCAUCUUCUUCAUCAUCUUCUACUAUUAAUACUUGUUCAUCUUCGUAUUUAUUAUUAUUUUCUCUUCUUCUCUCUCAUCAUCAUCAUCUCAUUUUUAUCAUUUCUCUUUGUUAUUGUUACUCUUUUUAUAUAUUAAUAUCUGACUCUCAGAUUCUCGCCUUCUGAUUGAUAUUAUUUUUCUGUUGUGAAGUGAAUCUGUGCAACCUUAAUAACAUCAUCUUCAUCUUCAUCUUUAUCUUCCUCAUCAUCUGAAUUGAUUUUCAAAUAUUGAUGGAUAUUGUUUAGUGUCUUUCAUCCAAUCUCUCAGUUUCUUUCGUGUCUCUCAUCAUCAUCAUCAUCUUCACCUUUUCAUUUAUAAUUAAAAAUGAUGGAGAGAAAAGUUUCUGGAAAUUCAAUUUCAUCUUUAAUCGGUGAACGAUUACCUUUCUGUUCAGGAUGUAAUGAACUGAUUAAAGAACAGUAUCUUUUGGAAGCGGUCGAAAAGUUCUGGCACGAGAAUUGUCUUAAAUGUUCAUUGUGUAAAGGUCCAUUGGCCGAAAUGUCCACAACGUUUUAUGCCAAAGCCGAUUUGUUACUUUGUAAACGAGAUUAUUUCAGAUUAUUUGGUCGAACCGGAAUUUGCUCAGCCUGUCACAAAGAUAUUCCCAGUUUCGAGUACGUUAUGAGAGCUCGUGGUAAUAGUUAUCAUCUUGAUUGUUUCGCUUGUCAAUCUUGUAAUCAAAGGUUUUGUGUUGGUGAUCGUUUCUAUCUCUAUGAAGAGAGGAUUCUAUGUGAAGAGGAUUAUAAAGAUGUAAUAUCAGCCCGAGGUAAUAACAAUUCAAAUAACGGUAAUAACGUUAAUCAUCAUCAUCAUCAUGGCCUUGAUCAUCACCAUCACCAUCACCAUCAUACCGUUAAUAACGUUAAUCAUCAUCACCAUUUAAACAACAAUCAAGUGAUUCCAACAAAUACAUCAAAUAGUACCAAUAAUACCAAUUCGAGUAAUAAAAAAAGUGACCAACCAACUGGACAUCAUCCAGUAAAUCACCAUCCACCUAAUCAUCAUCAGCCACCACCUCAAUCGACUCGAUUAUACUCUUGUCAUGAUCAUUGAUUAAUUAAAACAAUUGCAACAAUUAAUCAUUUUUCAUUUGUCUCUUGUCGCGAUUUUUUUUUCAUCAAUUAACGUCAAAACAUUUACCAAAACAAAAAGGCCAACAAUUAAGACGCACAUUUAAUUAAUCUCAUCAACACACAUCAACAAUUUACUGUGAUUACCUGAUUACUUAUUUCAAUGGUGACACUUUGAUCCUUUACAUAAUUAACUAAUCAUCAAAAACUUCAUCAUCAUCAUCAUCAUCUUCCCAUGUUUCAUUUAAUUGAAACUGUAAUAUAAUAUUAUAUAUAUAAAUUAAAUAUAUAAAAUGAUUAAAUCUAAUAAUAACUUAA